ACAUGGUGUCUCUGUUCCCUGUCCUGCUGCUGCCUCCGUCUAACGGGAAAGUUGUGGAGUUGCUGGAGUGUGAGUGAGAGUGGGACAAGCUGUGGGACAGGGCGGAAGGUGUGUCCCAGGCUGGACCGAGAGCGGCAGGAGCUGGGGGAGAGGGAGCGGGGAGGCAGUCAGCCCCAGCCCCAGCCCCAGCUCACGGUCUGCUCCCUGUUGUGCUGCAGGUCCCGGGAUGAGAGCGGACGGGCAGCGGCUGCACUGAGCAGCCAGGCUGGGCCGGAGAAUGCUGUCCGGGGAAGGAGCCAGCAACCUCUCCCGGCAAAGCCUCCACUUCCCCGCCGGCUUACUCAUCAGCUCCCCGAAAAGGCGAGUCCCGAAGCUGGGCAGGAAACACAGCAACGGAUCGGUGCUGUCCAGUUCGUCAGACACCACAUUUAAAUCGAGUGAGAGUUUUGGUGUGAGGCAGCCAGCUCGGAACAAGAUCAAGCGACACAACAGAGGCCUGGCCACGGUGUUCAGGGGUCGAAGCUUCAAGGAUGAGAAGUCUGGGCUUGAAGAUGGAGCUGACCCAGCCACCGAUGACCCGACAGAGCUCUCCACCCAGGUCACAGCCCCUGGCAUACUCAAGAUCUUUGGGGAUGAGAUCUGUGCAGGUGCCAACUACAAGAGUGUGCUGGCAACACCUUGUUCCAGUGCCCAGGAGCUGCUCAAGGAGGCUCUGGAAAGAUAUUCCCUGGACAAGAACUCCAGCAGUGACUAUGUCCUUUGUGAUGUGAUUGGACGGUCGGAUGAGGAGCACAAUUGGCAUACUGAGUGUUUUCGGGUUGUGAGUGACAGUGAGAAGCCCCUUAUUCUUCAGUCACUCUGGAAACCAAAGGAGGGAUUUGCUCGGAGGUUUGAAAUGCGCAGAAAGGUUGACGUGGAAGAAAUUGCAGCAAAAGAGAAAGACACAGUGACAGCAGGUAUUAAUGCCCAGGCUCGCCGACUCCAAAUGAGCCGAGCCCGGGCCUCGUCGGCUCUGACAGAUGAGGAGAUUGAAAGCAGCUUUGCACUUUGGCGAAGUGCCAGUGAGGUGAAUCUAUCAGGAAAGAGCAGGGAAUCAAGACGGAGAAACAGGAAUCCUUGGAUGGAAGCUACAGAGACUGAGGUGGACACGGAACAGCUGUGUCUCAAUCUCGAGAAGGAAGAGACUGAAAGCAGUGACGACACCUCCACCCAAUAUUCCAUCCACCCACCGUUUGAGUUCCCCUACUUUCUCCUGCUGCAGGGCUACAGUUCCAGGAAGGAUUUUGUUAUUUAUGUGCUGAAUGGAAGCAGUCAUGUGUUUGGCCGCUACUUGGAUGAGCCGAAAGGUGAGGAGGAGCGGCAGAAGGUGGACAUCCAGUUGUCAGCCCCAGAUAUCUGCUUGCAACAUUGCCGGGUGCGGCGUCACGAGGCGAGCUCCAACAGAGAGAGUGCUGAUGGCCCUGAGCUGGUGACACUGAUCAAACCGGGCAAAGGAGCAGUGGUCACUCACAACGGUCUCCGGCUCUGCACAGAGAGCCAGCUGCAGCCAGGUGACCUCCUGGGCAUGGGGGCCCACUACCUCUUCAUGUACAAAGACCCGACCCUCCGCAAACUUGCUGUCAGCCAAAGCCCUGCGUGGUCCCUGUCGCCAGUGCUGAGCCUAAGCCCAGGUGGGGAGCUGAUGUGUAAGAUGUGUGGCUGCAUCGUUCAGGAGAAUCAACAACAGGCCAUAACUCCUUCAGCAGAGAAACCUGGUCCCAGGCUGAAAGACUCGAAGGGCAGAGACUAUGUCUUCACGUACAAUCUCUCGCAGGAAGAUGCACUUCUGAACUGGAUUAUCAACAGCCCAGCCAAAGACAGUGUGCACUCCAAACUGAGGCCAGCCUUCCUGCUCUGCCAGUGUAUCCAGCACUCAGCCAGCUCCUUCAGGCCCACGCACUUCCGCAGAUUGCUGCUCAGGAUAGCAAGCCAGAUCCAAACAGUCAUGUGGGAGAAAUCGAAAGAGCUCGCAGCAACUCAGAGAGAAAAUGAGACCGGGGACAGUGAGGAAGUCCUUCCGACCCGAAUGCCAGACCUGAUUCCAGGACUGCAGCCUCUCAUAUACUGGAUGUCCAAUUCCAUCGAACUGCUGCACUUCAUUCAACAGGAGGUUCCCAAACUCUUAACAUGGGAUCAGCUCACAGAGCAGUAUGAUUGUUAUAAGGACCAGCUCUCAUCCACGAAGGCAGCGAGUGAAGAGGCCAUGACAGUACUGGAGGAGGUCAUCAUGUUCACCUUUCAGCAGUCAGUCUAUUACCUCACCAAGACCCUGUACACUGUCCUGCCUGGGAUGUUGGACAGCAAUCCCUUUGCAACUGAGACAACACAGCUCAGCAUCCCCCAAGGAGUUAAGGACGUCUUGGAUAUCUUCCAGGGAACAUUGAGCCUGUUGAAAGAGUAUCGAGUUCAUCCUGAGCUUGCCUCUCAGCUCUUUGCUUAUCUCCUCUUCUUCACCAAUGCAUCGCUCUUCAAUGCUCUCAUGGAACGAGGAUCAGGAGGAGGUUUCUACCAGUGGACGAAGGGAGUGCAGAUCCGUGCCAAUCUGGACUUGCUGCUUGACUGGAUUCAGGGCAUUGGGCUUGGAGAGCAGGCUGCUGAACUCUUCCUCAAGUUAUCGACAGCUGUCAACUUGCUCGCCACUCCCAAGGAGACUCUCCUCCAGGCUAACUGGAGGUCUCUGCGAAGCGAUUUUUUUAGUUUGAACCCAUCGCAGCUCCAUCACAUGCUGAGGGAAUAUAACCCAGGCCGGCCGUGCCCGCCGGUGUGGAAUCCCCUUCCAGAGGACCAACACAUGGCGCUGAGAACAGCUGACAUCCUGGAAAGCUUUGACAAUCACCCACCCCUGAUCCUGCCUUCUAGCACUUUCCACCUCGAACUUGGAAAGCCCAUUGCUGAAUCCCUGGGCCUCACCUCCGAGCUGGAGCAUGUCAAAGAGUUUCUGCAGAGCCUGGAGGAACCAGAGUCACUGGCAACGCCUAAACCAAGCAGUGUUGACCAAUCCCCACAGAAUGCAGGAGCUGGAAUGGGAGCAGGAGCUGGAAUGGGAGCAGGAGCUGGAGAAGGAGCAGGAGCUGGAAUGGGAGCAGGAGCUGGAAUGGGAGCAGGAGCUGGAAUGGGAGCAGUUCCCAAAGUUGGAGUGGCAAUGGGAGCAGGAGCAGAGGUGAAGAUGCCCAGCUCUGCAGAUGUUUCUGGGCAUUGUGCCAAUCAGGACAGCAGCCAUCAUUCCAGCUCCAUGUGUGGAGGGAAAUCCCUCCGAAUGGACCAUUCCCUGUUCCAUGGCCAUGGCCCAGGGAGCCUUCGAUCCUGCCAGGCCGAGCUGGCACACAAACUGAAGAGCCUCGAGCUCCAGAACAGUCUCCCUGGGCAACAGGACAUUGGCCAGAAGAAGUUGGCACUGGAUCCUUCCUGCCUCCUGACUCCACCAAACACGCCACAGAUACUGGAGCUGGCAGAGGCUGAGAAUGAUCCCAUGGAGCUGGUCUGUAGGAGGAUGGUAAAUGGUGACCGGCUGGAACCAUGUAACGAGAGCAGUCUGGAAGAUAGCUGCAGUCAGCAGAAGAGCGAGCCAGGUGAUGAGGUCUUCACUGUCAACUUAGAAAGAGGGCCCCAUGGCCUAGGUCUGGCAUUAGUGGAUGGACUGAAAACCCCGUUGAAUCAGAGUGGGAUUUACAUCAAGUCACUGGUCCCUGACUCACCAGCUGCAGGAUGUCCGAGGUUGAGGCCGGGGGAUCGGAUCCUGGCUGUGAAUGGCACCACCCUGGUGGGCCUGGAUUACCAGCGAGCGCAGGAACUGCUCCGAUCGUCUGGAAACAAACUGGGUCUUCUGGUGGCAAAGUCUGAUUCGGAGAUGGCAAUGAAAGUGUUAACAUCGAGCAGCUAUUCUGACUGGAGCAGAGAUGGGAAACGCUAAAGCCAGGGAGGGACAGUGCGGACCCUGCGGCUGCCUGGAGGUGUUUGCAGAAAGCAAAGAUAUAUUUCAAUAUUUCAGUCCAGUUGCCAUGUUGUACUGGGGACAUGACCAUCGAGUGGGUUAGUGUUGGUGCCCACUCACCAUCACUGCCACAGCAUUAACCCUUUGACCAACGUACUGAGCUCGGGAACUCCUGGGGAAUAUGGAGCAGGGGUCCCCAGGAUGAUGGGUAUGGCGAGGGGGGGCGGGGGGGCAAUCCCUGGGAUUGAGGGGCAUUUUCCCGGAUUGCCGAUCAGUACAGCAGAGGAAUCUUUGUAACCCCACCCCAUGAUAAUGUCACAGGCUCCUGUUUACCCCACUCCCCCCUCUGCACCCCCCCUCCCACCCCAAGACUCCUGUGUAAACCCCCCUCCCACAUUACUCUGGGGUUGGAGUGUGAUGCUCUGCGUGGAAUGACGUUGAAACACGGAGCGAGAGGAGAUGAUGUUGAGAGUGGGCUGGAGCUCAGAGUGGUUUUGGUGCCAGGCGUUUGGGAAGAACAGUUUUUAAAGUUACAGUUUACCUUGUUCCGGGUGUUUGUUACUGCCUGUUGUUGUUAUUGAUGUUUAACAAAGAUUCUGAUCAUCCCCAGUUCCCCUGCACCCCCACAUAUCUAAUAAAAUGUUAUUGGCGUGUUA